GGUAUAUUUUUAUUUCAGUCUGGACAAUGUUUCGCACGCUGUAAAGUAAAUAAACCUUGAAUUAGACCGGUACGUGUUAAGGUUGUGUGCCGUCUUCAUACUGACCGUCAAAGCGACUUAAAAUAAUGAGAACUAAUUUAAAUGGGGCCGCCAUGACACCCGCCAUAUUGGUAACGGGCGGCGCAGGUUACGUGGGCUCGCACACCGUCGCAGCACUCCUCGAGCGGGAGGACGAGUACACCCAAUUCGAGAUAAUUGUCAUAGAUAACCUUUGCAACUCGUAUCGGGAACAAGGUGAGAAGAAACCAGCACCUCUGCGGGUCGUUGAAGAGUUGACCAACAGAACUAUACAGUUUUACGAUGUCGACAUCCGAGAUGAGAACGGGUUGAGUAACGUGUUUGAAAAUCACAACAUAGACAGUGUCAUCCAUUUCGCCGCCCUGAAGGCUGUCGGCGAAUCGGUACAGAAGCCUCUCGAAUACUACCAGGCGAAUAUAACGGGAACAUGCACAUUACUAGAGGUGAUGCGUAAAUACGGCGUGUACAAGCUGGUAUACAGUUCAUCUUGCACGGUGUACGGCGAGCCGGAGACGCUGCCGCUGCGGGAGGGACACCCCACGGGCCGCGCCCUCGCCAGCCCCUACGGGAAGACCAAGUAUAUAUGUGAAGAGAUCAUGAAGGAUCUGUGUAUUAGCGAUCAGAAAUGGAUGAUAAUAUCGCUUCGGUAUUUCAACCCGGUGGGGGCGCAUCCCAGCGGCCGUAUCGGUGAGGACCCCACCGGGUUACCUAACAACUUGAUGCCCUAUAUAGCACAGGUGGCUGUGGGCCGACUGCCAGAAUUAAAAGUGUUCGGCGCCGACUAUCCCACGCCGGACGGCACCGGUGUCAGAGAUUACAUACACGUGCAGGACCUGGCCGAGGGACACGUAAAGCCAUUAAUGUUCCGGCAGCCAGGGUUCAGCGGCUUCCACGCUGUUAAUUUAGGCACCGGUACCGGGUACUCAGUGCUGCAAAUGAUCGCUGCGUUUGAGGCGGCCAGCGGUCGCCGGGUUCCUUACCGCGUCGUGGAACGUCGUGCUGGCGAUGUGGCGGCUAACUAUGCAGACGUGUCACUCUCACACCGGCUGCUCGGCUGGAGGGCCACCAGGACCCUGGAGGAUAUGUGCGCGGACACGUGGAGGUGGCAGAGCAACAACCCCAACGGCUUCAAGAAGGUAUAGAAGUUAAGAUCUAAAUAUAAUUAACUGCUUGUAGUAAAGCAUAGAUUUGCUUACUCAAUUUAGAGAAAGGGGAUUGUCGAUAACUGGGACUAAUAACCGUUGUUAGCAAAAUACAUUUUGUCAGAUCGACCUCCACGCGGUCCUCUAAGACCAUUUUAGUUUAAUUUUUGAUACGAUGAACCAAGUGAUUUGACUAAAUUUCUACAUUGUAUAUAUA